UCGUAGGUAUUAAACAUCCAACGAUUCUGCAACAGUAUUUGUAGGUUCGGAUGGAUUUAUUGAAACCAAGUGCAGCAAAUUCAUCACCAAUAACCCCAGUUGGAUUCUUAGAGAGAGCAGCAACAGUAUAUGGUGAUUGUACGUCAAUCAUCUACAAUGAAACCACUUUCACAUGGAAGCAAACUAACCGUAGAUGUCUUCGACUUGCUUCAGCUUUGAAAUCAAUCAUCGGUAUUCAACGUGGAGAUGUUGUCUCAGUUUUGUCUCCAAAUCUUCCAGCUAUGUAUGAACUUCAUUUUGCUGUACCUAUGAGUGGUGCUAUAUUGAAUACCAUCAGUACACGUCUCGAUGCGCGUACUAUUUCAGUACUACUUUGUCACAGUGAAUCGAAACUUGUUUUUGUUGAUUUUCCCUCCCGCUUUACAGUUCUUGAAGCAUUUUCUCUUUUCCCAACAGAAAUUGUACCUCCGAUGCUCAUUUUAAUCAAUGAUGAUGAGGAUGACAUAGAAAGCUCAUUAUUCACCUUAGAGUUUAAUCUCGAAUUUACUUACGAGCGUUUGUUAACGAGAGGUGAUCCUGAUUUUCAUUGGGAACGACCUCAUAGGGAGUGGGAUCCAAUGGUGUUGAAUUAUACUUCAGGUACAACAUCAUAUCCUAAAGGUGUAGUCCAUUCUCACCGUGGACUUUACAUUGCGACAGUUGAUUCUUUGGUCGAUUGGUCUGUUCCAAAACAACCCGUCUUUCUAUGGACCCUGGCAAUGUUUCAUUCCAACGGAUGGUGCUUCCCUUGGGGCAUGGCAGCAGUUGGUGCAACCAACAUAUGUGUGCGUAAAUUUGAUGCUGUGUCAGUUUAUAAUUUGCUCCGUCAACAUAAAGUUACACAUAUGUGCGCAGCACCAGUUGUGCUAAAUAUGUUAGCAAAUGAGCCAGGUAUAAAACCACUACCCAACCGUGUUCAUAUUUUAACAGCUGGAGCACCACCACCAGCGCCAGUGCUUCUUCGAACGGAAUCAUUAGGGUUUUUGGUGAGCCACGGUUAUGGGUUAACUGAAACUGCAUCAAUAGUCGUGUCUUGUGCAUGGAAACCUGAGUGGAACAAACUGCCAGCAACCCAAAGGGCUCGGUUGAAAGCGAGACAAGGAGUUAAAACUCUUGGAAUGACUGAAAUUGAUGUGUUGGAUCCGGAAUCGGGUGUAAGUGUAAAACGAGACGGAUUGUCCUUGGGUGAGAUUGUUUUACGAGGUGGUUCGAUUUUACUGGGGUAUCUUAAGGAUCCCAUUGGUACAAGCAAAUGUUUAAAAGCAGAUGGAUGGUUUUGCACAGGGGAUGUUGGUGUUAUGCACCCUGACGGAUACUUAGAGAUUAAAGAUAGAUCAAAAGAUGUGAUUAUAAGUGGCGGGGAGAAUAUAAGUAGUGUCGAAGUUGAAUCUAUAUUGUAUUCACACCCGGCAAUUCAUGAAGCCGCUGUGGUUGCUCGGCCAGAUGAAUAUUGGGGUGAAACACCUUGUGCUUUCGUAAGUUUGAAGCCAGAGAAGAUCCAGAAGCCAUCGCAAAAGGACAUUAUAGAGUUUUGCAGGCUGAAAAUGCCUCACUAUAUGGUCCCCAAAACUGUUGUUUUUGAGGAGUCUCUUCCUAAAACUCCUACUGGUAAGAUUCAGAAAUUCAUGCUUCGCGAAAAAGCUAAAGCUAUGGGUACUGCAGCUCGAUUGGCGAGUCGUAUUUAAGCGUUUUUGAGGAAUUGACUCCGACGAGUUCAUGUGAAAUGCUUGUAUAUACAUAAAUUGUUUUUUUUUUUUUGAUCAGUAUUUAUUUACAUAAAUUGUUAUUAUCAGAUUAUGUCAAUAAUGUAUAAAGGCAGUCAAUGUCAUGCAUUGGCGGGUUUCA